GCUGAUGAGGAUUUUCCGAGUCGCCAACCCCCAAAAUCCAUUACAUUCCCUGCAUUUCAUGCAAUAAUCGGACAAUACUCAAUGUAUAAAAUACAGGAACUUUGAAAAUAUUGGCAAUUUUCCUCGGAUGACGCAGCAGAUAUCUACAGUGACUUGACGUCAUCAUCGACAUUGUUAUUGGCGAGUUGAGGCUUGCCUUUGGCAGAAGAAACUUGCUGUUCGUGUUCAUUUUUCAUGAUUUUGCAACUGAAAGCUCUUCAGUUUCUUCGAAUAUCUCUUAGAAUCCGUCGUUUUUGUUCAUUCGAGAUGUCAGAGGCUAUAUUAAGAACACCAGGUGCCUUCAGAAACCGAAUAACAGCUGAUGGAUCCAGUGGUUUCCCUGCAGAAGCCGGCAGAUACCAUCUCUAUGUGGCUAUGCCGUGUCCCUUUGCACACAGGGCGCUGUUUGCCAGGAAAGUGAAGGGGCUUGCAGAUGUUGUGUCUGUGGAUGUUUUUGGUUAUCAGGAUGCUGAAAAGGGGUGGACCUUCUCUGACGAUCCUAAGCCACCUUGUACCAUUGACACUGUAAAUGGGUGUAAACACAUAUUGGAAAUCUACAAGCUUGUCGAUAAAGAUUUCAAUGGCAGGGCGACGGUCCCGAUUUUGUGGGAUAAGAAACAGAAUACGAUCGUCAGUAAUGAAUCAUCUGACAUCAUGGAGAUGUUCUGUCGGGAAUUCAAUGCUUUUGGUAAUACCCCUGAACAGAAGGCAUUGGAUCUGUAUCCAGAGAGCAAACGUGCUGAAAUCGAUGAACUGAAGCCGUGGAUUGCAAGUGACAUCGCCUUGUCUGUUUACAAUGCCGGCUUUUCUCAAAAUCAGAAAGAUUACGACAAAAAUGUUGUCAUCGUCUUCAAAGCACUUGAUCGAGUGGAAGAGAUCCUAUCGACACGUCGCUUCCUCACCGGCAACGUGAUGACGGAGGCAGAUAUCUUCCUGUUCACACCACUGAUACGUUUCGAUCGAGUUUAUCACAUGUUGUUCAAAUGCAACAAGAAGAUGAUAUCACGGGAUUACCCAAAUAUUUGGGGAUUUGUCCGCCAUGUCUACUCAAGCCAGGAAGUCCGUGAUUCAGUCGAUUUUCCGUUGACACUUGAUGGUUAUUACCGCAAAAUGGGAGUAUUUAGAAAACUCAACACCUUUGGGAUCGUCCCAAUUGGACCAGAGCUAGACUUUGAUGAGCCACAUGGCAGGGAGAAAUUAAAUGAAUUAUUAUAAGAUGACAAUAUUGAACAACAUUUAGUGUCAUUGACUGUCAUGACUAGGCUGUGUAGAUCUGUGCAGAAAUAAAUGUUAAAUGGAAUCCAUGGAAUACUGUAAACACAGAAAUAUUUGUGUGCCUUUUAUUGGCCCGUUACAACGACAACAAUUACAGAUAAUAAGGCAUGGCUGCAAAGAAGAAAAUCUAAUUGUUGAAAUGACUGUUGUGUCUAACAAGGUUGUCUCAAGACAAUUUCCAAUUUUACAAAAUCGCUUAGUGAGAUGGCUGCUAAUAUUUCUGGGUUUACAGUAGCUGUUUGUAAAGAAUGCACCUACACAAUAAAUGGCUAUCAUCAUACACACCAACAAAGGGCUAGCAUAAGUAGUCCAAGUGUAUCAACUAAUCAAGUAUUAUACUUUAUGAUAUGUAUGUGCCCUUCCACGAAUGUCCUGUCAACUUUUGAUAAUUAACAUACUGAGUCCUCCUUCUGCCGAGUAGGUGUAGGUGUCCUUGGGUUCUCUGUCUUGUUAUUCUCUGGACAGUGUAUGUGAUCUUGAGGAUAACAGAAGGUUUGAUUCUUGCCGAAAAAAGCAAUGUCUAAUAAUACCGUAUACCGUGAUUUUGUUAUGUUUUUGAAUAAAAGACAGGUCAGCUAAUGGCCUCCCUUUAAUCCUAAGUCCUUCAUCGCCAUGGUUGCAAAGAGUUUUGAAGCCUGCUGAUGCAAUAUUACUAUAAUAGCUAAAAGUCACUGUAAAGGUGGAAAAAUAAUUGUUGUUGUCACUUGUUCAAAACGCUUUUAGGAACCGUCCGCACCAAAAACCAAUGUGCCAUAUUCUCUUCAUGAUACAUGUAGCGGUCAUGUACAGCUGAUAAUCAUAUUGUUAAACCAAAUAUUCCGUGUCAACACUAUUCAGUCACUUUUGGCGCAUCUGUUGAUACACAUAAUGAUAAAGGUCUUUUGAGCAUAUUGACAAAAUGUACUGCUAACUGUGUUGGGCAGAAAUUGGGAGCUGUUUUUGUUCAAUAGAAUCAAAGCAUUCAAUAAAAUCAUUUGGAAUAAGUAGUUUUCAAUCCCACCACCUUGAUUUUAACUUGCAAGAUAAACAGCUCGAAUAACGUAAACGAUAGAUAAUGUCUUUGCUCAUCAUCAUGUUCUUUGCAAUGUAGUAGUUUUAAUUCUUCUUGCACAUAAUUGCUGACCUUUGGUAGACAGAAAUUGGUAAUUGUUUUUCUUUUGUCACAAACAUACAUAAUGUUGAUUCAUAGAAAUAAAACCGCUAUGCAGUA